AUGAAGAAGGAAUAGGCCUACGCCUGGCUGUGAAAAAUAUAUUAAAUGAAUUUUUUUAAAAUAUACAUUAUUUAAAAUCUGGCCUUAACAUCCAAUCUGUUAUUAUCCUAAAGUAAACUCAGUUUUUAUUUUCAGUUUUGAGCCACAUGGUCUGUGUUCUAAGUACAGCAAAAGUGAAAGUGAAAACAUCCGUGAGAGUCUGUAAAAUGGAGGCUAAAGCUUUGAUUCCUGAGGACGAUCUCUGUUGCUCUGUAUGUUGCGAUAUUUUUAAAGAACCUGUUGUCCUGAAAUGUUGCCACAGUUUCUGUAGAGAGUGUGUGCACCAGUACUGGAAAGAGAAGAGCCCUCGGGAGUGUCCCAUCUGCAGGACCAAGGCCUCUAUGGAGGAUCCUCCUGUAAACCUGGCUUUAAGAAGCAUUGUGGAGUCCUACUUACAGCAGAAGACUGAGAGUGAAGCAGAUAAAAGUGAAGCUGGUGAGAAGAGUGAAGCUUGCUGCAGUCUUCAUGGAGAGAAACUACUGUUGUUCUGUGAGGAGGAUCAGGAGCCUCUCUGUCUUGUGUGUCAGACUUCUAAAAAACACAGAAACCACCAGGUUUGUCCAGUGGAAGAGGCAGUACUGGAUCUGAAGGAGGAACUCAAUGCUGCACUGACUCUUAUUAAAGAAAAACAGGAGAAGUUCACUGAAAUUAAAGAAGAAUGUGAGAAAACAGCAGAGCAUAUCAGGAGUCAGGCCCAGCACACAGAGAGGCAGAUAAAGGCAGAGUUUGAGAAGCUCCACCAUUUCCUGCAAGAGGAAGAGGAGGCCAGACUGGCUACACUGAGGGAUGAAAAAGAGAAGAAGAGUCAGAUCAUGAGGCAGAAGUUAGAACACAUCGCAAGACAUGUCUCCAACCUUACUGACAAAAUUACAAUCAUAGAGAAGGCGAUGAAUGAUCAAGAAAUCUCCUUCUUGAAGACCUACAAGAGCAUCAAAGAAAAAGCCCAGUGCACACUGCAGGGUCCAGAGCUGCUCUCGGGGGCACUGAUAGAUGUGGCCACACACCUGGGCAACCUGAAGUUCAGAGUCUGGGAGAAGAUGCUGGAGAUGGUGCAGUACUCUCCUGUGGUGCUGGACCCCAACACGGCAGCCCCCUGGCUCUCUCUCUCUGAUGAUCUGACCACUGUGAGAGACACUGACACACAGCAUGAGAUUCCUAAAAAUCCAGAGAGGUUUAUCCCCCGUGUGAAUGUGCUGGGAUCUGAGGGCUUUACCUCAGGGACACACAGCUGGGAGGUGAAGGUUGGGAAUAAACCUGAGUGGGAUAUAGGAGUGGUGAAAGAGUCCAUCAGUAGGAAGGGAAGGAUAAUAUGCAGCCCAAAGAGAGGAUUCUGGAUCUUAAUGCUGAGAAAAGGUGAUAGCUACAGAGCAGCUGGAGUUACUGACCUCAGACUGAAGAGAAAACCCCAGAGGAUCAGAGUGCAGCUGGACUAUGACAGGGGGGAGGUGUCCUUCUUCAACUCCAGUGACAUGUCACCCAUUUACACUUUUAGCGACACAUUCAGAGAGAGAGUGUUCCCAUUUUUUUCUCCCUGUGACAGCAACAAUGGCAAUAACUCUACAGUCCUGCAGAUCUGCCCAUUUAAAGUAACCGCAACAGUGAUAACUUCAAAAAAACACAGAAACCACCCGGUCUGUCCAGUGGAAGAGGCUGCACUGGAGCUGAAGGAGAAACUCAAGCCUGCUCUUAAUCUUAUUAAAGAAAAACUGAAGAGGUUUACUGAGGUUAAACAAGAAUGUGAGAAAACAGCAGAACACAUCACGAGUCAGGUCCAGCACACAGAGAGGCAGAUAAAGGCAGAGUUUAAGAAGCUCCACCAGUUCCUGCGAAAGGAAGAGGAGGCCAGACUGGCUGCAUUGAAAGAGGAAGAGGAGCAGAAGAGCCGGAUCAUGAAGGAGAAGUCAGAAAACAUCAGAAGACACAUCUCCAUCCUUACAGACAAAAUAACAGCUAUAGAGAAGGCCAUAGGCACUGAAGACGUCACCUUUUUAAAGAGCUACAAGAACAUCAAGGAAAGGCACUCAGAACUGGAGUUGGUCCCUGGGCGCUGCACUGUGGCUGCCCACUGCUACUACAUCUGUAAAAUGGAGGCUAAAGCUUUGAUUCCUGAGGACGAGCUCUGUUGCUCUAUAUGUUGCGAUAUUUUUAAAGAACCUGUUGUACUGAAAUGCAGCCACAGCUUUUGCAGAGAGUGUGUGCACCAGUACUGGAAAGAGAAGAGCCCUCGGGAGUGUCCCAUCUGCAGGACCAAGGCCUCUAUGAAGGAUCCUCCAGUAAACUUGGCAUUAAGAAGCAUUGUGGAGUCCUACUUAAAGCAGAAGACUGAGAGUGAAGCAGAUAAAAGUGAAGCUGUGGAGAAGACUGGAGUUUGCUGCAGUCUUCAUGGAGAGAAAAUACUGUUGUUCUGUGAGGAGGAUCAGGAGCCUCUCUGUCUCGUGUGUCGCACUUCCAAAAAACACGGAAACCACCAGGUUCGUCCAGUGGAAGAGGCAGUACUGGAUCUGAAGGAGGAACUCAAGCCUGCUCUUAAUCUUAUUGAAGAAAAACUGAAGAUAUUUUCUAAGGUUGAACAAGAAUGUAAAAAAACAGCAGAACAUAUCAGGAAUCAGGCCCAGCACACAGAGAGGCAGAUAAAGGCAGAGUUUGAGAAGCUCCACCAGUUCUUGCGAGAGGAAGAGGAGGCCAGACUGGCUGCAUUGAAAGAGGAAGAGAAGAAGAAGAGUCGGAUAAUGAAUGAGGAGAUAGAAAACAUCACAGGACACAUCUCCACUCUUACUGAGAAAAUCACAGCUAUAGAGCAGGCCAUGGGCACUGAAGAUACCUCAUUUUUAAAGAACUACAAGGACAUAAAGAUGAGAGCCCAGUGCACACUGCAGGAUCCAGAGCUGCUCUCAGGGGCACUGAUAGAUGUGGCCAAACACCUGGGCAACCUGAAGUUCAGAGUCUGGGAGAAGAUGCUGGGGGUGGUGCAGUACACUCCUGUGAUGCUGGACCCCAACACUGCACAUGUCUCUCUCUCUCUCUCUGAUGAUCUGACCACUGUGAGAGAUACAGAUACAGGCCACGAAUAUCCUGACAAUCCAGAGAGGUUUAACUCCUCUGUGAAUGUGCUGGGAUCUGAGGGGUUUAUCUCAGGGAAACACAGCUGGGAGGUGAAGGUUGGGAAUAAAUCUGAUUGGACUAUAGGAGUGGUGAAAGAGUCCAUCAGUAGGAAGGGUGAUAUAACAUGCAGCCCAGGGAGGGGAUUUUGGGUCUUAAUGCUGAGGAAUGGUGAUGAGUACAGAGCUGCUGGAGUUGCUGACCUCACACUGAAGAGGAAACCCCAGAGCAUCAGAGUGCAGCUGGACUAUGACAGGGGGGAGGUGUCCUUCUUCGACCCCAGUGACAUGUCACUCAUUUACACUUUUAAAGACACAUUUACUGAGAAAAUGUUCCCGUACUUCUCUCCCUGUUUGAACGAUGAUGGGAGAAACAAUGAGCCCCUGCAAAUAUGCCCAGUGAAAGUUUCCAUAACAGUGUCCUCCCAGACAGAGAGACUCUGUAAAAUGGAGGCUAAAGCUUUGAUUCCUGAGGACGAGCUCUGUUGUUCUGUAUGUUGUGAUAUUUUUAAAGAGCCUGUUGUCUUGAAAUGCUGCCACAGCUUUUGUAGAAAGUGUGUGAAGCAGUACUGGGAAGAGAAGAGCUCUCGAGAGUGUCCCAUCUGCAGGACCAAGGCCUCUAUGGAGGAUCCUCCUGUAAACCUGGCAUUAAGAAGCAUUGUGGAGUCCUACUUAAAGCAGAAGACUGAGAGUGAAGCAGAGAAACAUGAAGCUGCUGUGAAGAGUGAAGCUUGCUGCAGUCUUCAUGGACAGAAACUACUGUUGUUCUGUGAGGAGGAUCAGGAGCCUCUCUGUCUCGUGUGUCAGACUUCUAAAAAACACAGAAACCACCAGGUUUGUCCAGUGGAAGAGGCAGUACUGGAUCUGAAGGGGGAACUCAAGCCUGCGCUUAAUCUUAUUAAAGAAAAACUGAAGAGAUUUUCUAAGGUUGAACAAGAAUGUAAGAAAACAGCAGAACAUGUCAGGAGUCAGGUCCAGCACACAGAGAGGCAGAUAAAGGCAGAGUUUGAGAAGCUCCACCAGUUCCUGCGAGAGGAAGAGGAGGCCAGACUGGCUGCACUGAAAGAGGAAGAGAUGUUGAAGAGUCUGAUCAUUCGGGAGAAGUUAGACCACAUAAAAAGACACAUCUGCACCCUUUCAGACAAAUUCACAGCUAUAGAGAAGGCCAUGGACACUGAAGACACCUCCUUUUUAAAGAACUACAAGGACAUAAAGAUGAGAGCCCAGUGCACACUACAGGAUCCAGAGCUGUUCUCAGGGGCUCUGUUAGAUGUGGCCAAACACCUGAGCAACCUGAAGUUCAGAGUCUGGGAGAAGAUGCUGGAGAUGGUGCAGUACACUGCCGUGACUCUGGACCCUAAUACUGCAGCCCCUUGGCUCUCUCUGUCGGAGGAUCUGACCAGUGUGAGAGACACUGGAGUUCAACAGCAGCUCCCAGACAACCCUGAAAGGUUUGACUCCUGCGUUGAUGUUUUGGGCUCCGAGGGAUUUAACUCAGGAAAACACAGCUGGGAGGUAGAAGUAGGGAACCAACCUGCAUGGGAGUUAGGAGUGAUAUAUGAAUCUACCAACAGGAAGAGGAGACCAGUUGCUGGCACAGUGAAAGGCUUUUGGGUUCUAAACCUGGCAAAUGGUUACGAGUAUGAAGCUUGUGCCAUUUCAGUUCCGAAUAAAACCUUGAAAUUGAAGAGGAAACCCCAGAGGAUCCGAGUACAGUUGGAUUAUGACAGAGGAGAGGUGUCCUUCUUUGACCCCUCUGACAUGUUAUUAAUAUGCACUUUUAAAACCAAGUUUACUGAGCGAAUCUUCCCAUAUUUCUGCUUACACCCUGUUGGUAACCAUGGAGCCUUGCGGAUCUGCCCUGUGAAGGCUUCUGUAACACUGAUGCCAUGAUGGACACAGAAAAGGCAUCCAUGACACAGCAUUUAGAGUAUUCCCUUUAUAUAACUCUAAAUGUAUUAUUAUUAUUAUUAUUAUUAUUAUUAUUAGUAAUGAUAUUAAUAAUAUUAAUAAUAAUGAUAAUCAUAAUAAUAAUCAUAAUAAUAUUUGAUGUCGGACAGGACAAUAAUUAAUAGAAAAAACAGUGAUUGUUUAUUAUUACCUCUAAGUGCUUUAAAACCUUUCUGAAGGUUUUUAUAUACAGCAUCAUCUCUGUGUCUGUCUUUAAACUAAAUCAGGGUAGCUUUUUCACUGUAAAUUAGUUAGUCUGUCAUUCUUGGCCACAAUUGUACUAAAAUAAUAUACUUCAAUUAUAUACUA